ACAUGCGACAACGACGACGAAUGUCUACUAAGUCACAAAUGCGUAAACAAGAGAUGCCAGUGUAAGGAUGACUUGGUCGGAGAUGCAUAUAGCUGCAAAAUUGGUAAUGACCUAUUUGUUUAUAGCCUUCAGAGCGGGCGUAAUUUUGGCGAGCGAGUGCUUAAUAUCCUCUGUGACAAGUAUGGCCGCCAUCUUUGAUUUUAAUGGCAGCGGUAGGCUCAGAAGAGAAAAUAAUUUGUGCCAGGGGGGUGAGUGACGGUCACAAAUGAGGAGAGGGUUGUGGGCGGGGGAGUGAAUAUUACUUUUCGCCUUUUCCAGGCCCCCCUCCCCCCCUUCCCUUUCACUGCACGCUAAUUUGUUUACUUCAUUUGAUACUUGCCAAGCUCCGUAUCGGAGACACGUGGUUUCGAUCUCUAGUUGGGUCUAAACGGCGGAAGGGCGGUAUGACAGAAUGGCAGAAAAUUACUCAUAUCCUAAAAGACAGAAUGGUGGAAAAUCACCCCAAAUCCUAAACGACGGAACGGUGAAUACAGUAUUUUCCUUUGGGUGGGGGCUACGACCUGUAAACAGAAAACUUGUAUUAUGUUAACCAGGCGAUAGAGAUACGCGGAUUUUAGGAAGCCAUUUACAUGAGAGAAACCUCAAUUUAAAAAAAAAAAUCAAUGAAGAGAACAUCAGACACUCAAAGACGCGAUUACGCGAAAGGGGCUAUCCAAAUAAUCUGACGCUCGGACGCUCGAUCGCUCUGACGAAGGGCUAACGCUCGAAACGUCAACUUUUUACUCUUUACGGUGGCCAAUUUACGUUUUCAACUCAGUUGUUAACACUAAAUUACCUGCUAUACUCUCCCACCGACGCAUCACCACAGUUUCUUUCGAAACUUACCCCUUUACCUAAAUAAUCUAAUUGAAAGAAUUCUCACAGAGGUUGAUUUCAUGGACAGGAAAACAACACUCCAGGAGAAAUACAGAGUGCAACUAACCACAUUGCCUUUUGUUACACAAUAUAACCCAUCAGUGAUCAGCCUUGAAAAAUAUUUUAUUGAGCAACUGGCAAAUUACGGAGAAGCAACCAAAGCUUCAGAAAAUUUUUAAAGGGCUUCCGAUAGUUUCAUGUAAAAGGGGGAAAAUCAUUUAAAGGCAUGCUUUAAAAGGUCUCAAAGGUCUGAAGGUCAGUUACCUCGAAAAUAGCCUAACCACGAAAACAGCAAAAGUCGCGUCAGCCUGUUAACCCAGCAAAUACCUCGACAACCACAAAAUCAUCUCAAACAAACUGAACAGCCAAUAUAAUGUUACACAUUACGAGGAAAGAUGAUUUUUUGAAUAUUGAUUUCAUUUCCGCGGAAGUUAUCAUCAUGAGGGGAAAAAAGGACGAAGAAAGAUCUCACUCACUUACGUUCACGACCAGAACACCGCUAUGAUAUAGCAAAGGAAAAGACAAUAAUAAUUAUUAUUAAAAUAACCAUUAUUCCGUCUUUUAGGAUUUGGGAUGAUUUUCGACCGUUCCGUCUCUUAGGAUUUGGGGUAAUUUUCUGUCGCUCCGUCUUUUAGGAUCUGAGGUAAUUUUCCGCCGUUGCGUCCAUUGGGAUGUGGGGUAAUUUUCCGUCGUUCCGUCUUUAGGAAUUUGGGUAAUUUUCCGCCGUUCCGUCUUUAGGAAUUUGGGUAAUUUUCCGCCGUUCCGUCUUUCAGGAAUUGGGGUAAUUUUCCGCCGUUCUGGCUUUUCGGGCCACCCCUAUCGUGUUGUGCUGAUGAAAGGAGUACAAAGACCUUAUGCCCAUCUCCUCCCCUCCUUGGAUCAGAAAUGGAUAGUGAACUCCUGGGGAUCGAGGAUGCAAUUAACUAAAAGAUAUCUGCAGAAUUCUGCCGUGCAGCACUUAAUUUUUUUAAUUCUAAGUAGCGUUGAUAAUUCGAAUCAAAUAAUUAAGGUUCACUCAUUUUGUUAGAUCAUUUUGUCUUAUGUUUUCCUUUUAACCAGCGGACCCGCCGUCAUGCAAAACGGGCAAAGACUGUCAUAAAAAAGCAACUUGUGUGGAAGGAAAAUGCCGUUGUAUGGGAGUAUUUAUAGGAGACGGCAAACAAUGCUCACGUAAGAGACAUUCAUUUUGAAAUAGAGUGUUUCGAUUGAGUAUCGUGAAACGUUUGACAACCGCGUUGCGGUAGACGAUUUAAUUCUCGAGAGCUUGUAGAUCUGUGGUGCUGACUAGAAGGACCGAGAGCGGAAUUUGUGUAGGUCUUGAAGCAUCGCAAAAUUGGUUGACAAUCUUUUCUCGAGGUCAGCAGAUGAACAGAGAUCGAAAUUCCACGAUGAACCUAACGAAAAAAAUUGAAUAUGUAUCCACUCACAAUAUGACAAUUUUUUUUUUCAGGUGGACUAACAGUUGUGAGUUGUAACACAAAAGAUUAUUGCGGAGAUAAAGGGUCGUGUGUUAUUCAUCCUCUACUUCCUAAUUUUAGCAUCUGUAAAUGCUGGGUUGGAUACGUGUUAAACGACAAGCAAUUAUGUGUC